CUCAUUGACUUCUAUACAACCAGAGGAGUCGCCCCCUGAUGGACACUAGAGAGAAUGCAAGUUUAAAGCACUUCUGAAUUUGCUAUGUUUGGCCCUUCAUCCCAAAAGUAAGUUGUGCCAGGAGAAUACUUCACGUAGCAUGUACACGUAGCAUGUACACGUAGCAUGUACACGUAGCGUGCUGCAUCCUCUGUUGUCACUUGUGGAUGAUUCUGCGAGCAUGAAAAACAACCGUGUUCCCGGUGAUCCGCGGAGGCAGUUAGUGUGAUCUUGACAUUCACAGCUGCUGCAGGGAGGCUUGUAUGUGCUGAAGUACAGGCCUGGAGCCUCUCUUGACUCUCACCACCACCGCCGUCGUUUUCCCACUCACUUCACUCCUCAGCUGUGUCAACUGCCCGCUGUCCUGCUGUAAUCCAUCCCACACCUUCUGCUGGUGGUGAAGCCCACAGUCAUUCUCACAGACUGUGGUCAGGAACAUGAGAAUAAAAAAGGUCCGCAGUUAAAGAUGGAGUUGUUUCAUCAGAGUAAAAAUUGUCCCCAACCAAGGAAAAAACCCCACAAACAACCACACAUCCCUUUGUCCUGUCCAUCAACCCCUAAAAAUGUGGUGACAUCGCUAAAAAGAAGUCAGAGGAGGUAAGAAAAACAAAGCUUAAAGUAAAGAAACAAAAACAGUUUCACCAUCUUUAAACAUGCCUUUAACGGUCUUCAUCCUUUUUGUUUAAUUAUCUUGCAGUUAGAGGUGCAGUGUGUAAGUGGGACGACGCCUCCCCGAGGCCGGUUGUUUUUAGUGUUUUUAAAUACAUUUCUCCUCCUCGUCUCUGUGAUUUCUGCCCUGAUUAUAAUCUCCUGCUGAGGGGCCACGAGAUGGACAUAAACACACACACACACACACACACACACUGGAUUAAACACAGGCACUGAUGUGCACAGAAACAACAUACAAGACACGCAGUCCUGAAGGGAAGUUUUUGAAGUGGAGAGGCUGACCGUGAGGUGGGAGGCAUGCUGACUUGAGAGGUGAAGAGGUGUCGGGGAAGAACGAGGGUGCGGAUCAGAAGCUACGUGGGCGGUGGGAUGCACGGUGGGAUGCACGGUGGGAUGCACUGUCGGAUGCACUGUCGGGCAGUCGCUGCGUCACAACGUUGCAUAAGAGCUUACGCAGGCAGAGGGGAGGCGGGUCUGGAGGAAUCAGAGAUGCUGAGAGAUGGGAGAGUAUUUCAAACAAAGUAGUUAAUCUGUCCGUCACCGUUAGUUGUGAACUAUUUAACUACUCUUAAAUUAACUUUUUUGAUGAUUGAUUAAUUGGCUUAAGUAAAUUUGUAAGAUUCCAGCUUUUUACAUGUGAAUAUUUUCUGGUUUCUUUACUCUGUUGCAGUAAACUGAACAGUUUUAUGACACUUUUAUGUCAUUAGUUUGAUAUUGAUUAGACACUUAUACCUUAAAUAUGUAAUGUAUACCAACAGUGUACUUACCUUCUGAUGAUAAUUACUUCAGAUCAACUUCAAGCAUCUCUUUUAGACCACUCAAGUCUUUUCAUAGACUUAAUGUGUUUUUUGCCGUAUUGUGACAUACAGUAUAUUUUAAUAUCCAACCAAUAAGGUCAAGCCAAUUAUCCAACAAUCUAGUUGCCCACUAAUUACAAGGCUUUGGAUACAUUUGUUCCAGGAGAUCACCACCCUCUUCGCUAACUCCUGGUUCUUCCUCCUCAUCCUCAACCCCUCACUCCUCUCGCUGCAGUGCAAAUGGAGUUUUCUCUAAAAUGUGGGAGGAUGUUUGAGGUCUGGCCUGGAUGAUCCUAGAUGAGGAUGUCUGAGAAAAUACAGAGGUCUUGUGGCUGUUUCAGAUGGAAUGUGAUGCUUUGCAUGCGGGCCAUCUUUCACUGUCCAAACAACGCAGACACGCCAGUAUUCCCAGCGGAUUCACUUCCCACCGUCUGCCCAUUUCAUUCUUUAAAAUAAACAGCCGUUUGAACGUUCAAUCUUCUCAAUAACUUGUUUUCCCCUCUACAUUCAUGCUGUUAUGUUGUUGACCACAACCACGUACAAGCAAGCAGCUAUAAAAUGAGAACGAAUGGCAUGUUUGCAGUUGUUCCUAAUAGGCAUUCGUACUAUUGUCUCAGAUAUCCAGAGUACAGAACUGUCAACACAUCUGUGCGUUUGAUUUCCCUUCAUGCUGCACCACUUCCCUGUUUCCUGAGCGGCCUUUGUUCAGGGUGUGCUGGUGGUUCUCAACUUGUCGGGAAUCUUUGGCACAUGGCUGAACAUUAGGAUAAUAAACCGUAAGUGCUGUGGGUGGCAGUAGAAAGGGAAGAAGUGGGCCGCCUCCCUGUUCCUUAAUUGUGUGUGUGUGUGUGUGUGUGUGUGUGUGAGUGUGUGAGAGAGUGAGUGAGUGAGCCUGGCAAACGCUGAACCUCAUUUAUUCUCAUUUCUUCCCCUCCAUUACACUGCUCUUCCCAAUCGGUGCCUAAAUGUAUUGAGCAGUGUAGCUGUAGACUUCCUGUGCUCAAACACGUACAACUGCUCAAACUAAUGUUGAGUGUUUAUGAAUGUAAUCAGCUAGUCGUUGAUCUAGCUGAUUUAAAUGUGUUUAUGAAUUCCUAUCGUAUUUGUACGAUAAUGUUCUGCAUGGUGUUGCAAAACAGAGCUGAAAGGAGAGUGAAUAUUUAUCUGGUGGAGACAAACACAACUCCAAAUAGAUGCUGAUGUUGCGCAAAACACUGAAAAGAACUUGCAAAAACUAUUACAAAUCAUGUGUUUCUAGAGGUGGAUUUGACAUUUUAGGAGCUAAAAAAAUCUUUCUGUAUAUUACAAUGUGUUACUGCUCUUUGUGUCUUAUGAAACCUCCAGUAAUACAUCAUGUAUUACUUGUUACACUUGGUUAUUAAAGUAAGCCAGCUGGGAGAUCCCCAAAUCACACAGAAGAGCCUCCAUUCACUGCUGUUCACAUAUUAUCUGCUUUGAAUCGUCAUGAAAGCGGUUCACGUCUCCUUUGAAGGAACUUUCUCAGAGGUUUCAACUCUCUCUGACUUUCUCCCGAAUGUCUUUACCCUCUGAUUGACGAGAACAUGUUAACUUGUCGUCUUAUCUCCAUUUCAUUGAUUGUUGAUUGAUUUGUGGGUCGAUUAAAAGGCCCAUAGCGAGGUUCAGCGGUGUUGAAGGCCGUCUUUGAAGGCGCCUGUCAGCAGAUGAAUAAUGUAAUGAUAUGGUGAUCGACUCUCUCUUCAUUCACUGCAUGCUCCUCUUUCCGUACGCCUCCCAAUGCUGUUUGGUCUUCCUUUUUCAGUUUGGAAUAGCAGGUGAGGGGAGCGGCCCUCCUAAGUAAACAUCUGUUUCUGGUCUGCGGUUCGAUUGUCUGUUUUUUAAAACGAACAACUCUUAAGGUUUUCCUCCAGAGUGUACACUAAGGCUCUAUCCCAGUGCGACAUGUAGGAAGCCGUCCUAAAGCCAUCUGGAUUGAGCUGCAUUACAUGUGGGAAGCCACAGUGUCCUCAGCACUUCCAUCUGUCUGUAACAUAUUUAUCCAGCAUGUGAGGCACAGAUGGGAGAGCUGAAGGUCUGUUUAUCUUUAAGUAAAGCCCGGACAGUUUGCAGUUACCCUGCAGGCAGUUGGUGAUGUGAAUUUUAGCAAACAACCCCGAUCCUGCUGAUAAAACAUUAACCAGUUAGCUGCUACUCCUCAAAUGAUAUGCAUGAGGGUUAGUUAUUACAGAGAUAAAGUAUUCAGAGUGUGCAUGAAGACUGGAAACAGUUAGGAUGAUUCUACCUCAUGUGUUUAACACGUAAACAUAAAAUAGAAAUGUGACAUUGUCGUUUUACUGCAGGACUAUCUAUUGAUGUGGCCUCUUUAUAACCCCAAAACGUCAAACUGUGCCUUUUUAAAAUAUACAACUGUUUUAGAGACAUUCUGUCAGCGUACAAACAAAUGGGACCAAGAACACAAAGUGAUCUCCCUGGUAGAGGUAACAGCUGGAGCAUAUCAAGAGAAAUAAAACAUUUCUCUCCACAUCACUGCACGUAAAGUAUUUCCUUUGUCGAGCUGUCUCUCCAUCUUUAGCUGGCAAUCCAGUAAUUAAACCGGAUUAAAGAUGGUCUGCUGGUUAUUGAACUUUGUGUAAACUGCUGUCAGUUUAUAGACAUUUAUAUAUCAUCAUUAUAGUUUAUUGCACAGCUCUAGUUACAACAUUGUAGCUGUGUGUUGGUCUCUGAAUACGGUCUGAAUAAGUCAUGUACAGUGGUACUUGGGAAAUAUGAUCUCUUGAGGCACAACUGGUAGUUAGUCCAACACUUAGGUCCUGCAUUUAUUUAUGCAAUUCAAUUAUACGUUGACACGAGGAGGGACAAUUUACACCUUGAGAAACUGGCCUUUAAGUUGAGUGCAGUGGUUUAAAACGCAGUAGAUUUUGUCUUUUCACAUUUGCAGCAACAUUAUUCUUGUGUCAGUUGUUCCUUCUACUAGAGACAAUAUCCCCCUCUGAAGACAUGAUGGUGCCAAAUGUAAUUUGAAUAACAGCCAGUCUGAGAUAAUGUUUGUCUGGUCUGCUCACCUCUGGCACUUUUCAUCUUGUCUCAUGCUCCUCUACAUCAAACUUAGAUAUUGCUUUACCACUAAUGCACCAGUUUAAUGAAAUACAGAUGGACUGCCCUUCUUUACAGAUGGCGACAGUGUGCUUCGUACCUUCUUUUGCAGAAUUUGAUUUUAUAUCGUUAACAGGUAUUUCUCCAGUUGGAAUCUUUAUUUGUCAUAACUUUAAACCUUAUAUGAUGAUAGAAAGAACUUUGAUGAAAGGAUAAUCUUUUUACUGUACCCGGGGGGGUGAUACUUAAGUGAACACGGGGCUAGUUUUGGUCUUCACUCUUGUUGACAUGGAAAAUCCCCUCAGUCUGGACUUUCCUCCAUGCGAAGCCUUCAUGACUCAGAUUUUCCUCUUUCCCGCUGACUUCUAUAAACACACUUGUCACGUUUCAGGUUUUUCUAACUCUCCACAGUGGUAGAGGUCCCACUGCUUCUCUUCAGCCGACUCAACAACAUGCAUUGUUCUUUUGUUUUUCAUGCCCUCAGUGUUGGAGAAGAGAGAGACGGAGAGAGGACGAAGAUCUGCUCACCGGUGUGAGCUCCUGGGAUGCUCCACCGACCCAUCCGCCAUGCUUUUCUAAGGCCUCCAGAAGCUAAAGACAGGGUGUCAUUAACAGAGAGAGUGACCCCUCUGAGCUGCCACCAUGGCCCUGGUUCAGGCUCUGCCCAUAUCUGGUGAGCCACACAACCCAGGCCACAGUGGAGGACCCCGCAGGAGACACCCCUCCAGCUCUUCACCCCCCAUCAACGCACCCCCCUCCGCUCUGGAUCCUAUGGGUUCUGUCAGCAGCCUCAUCGCCACCCGCCCCGGCCCCUACCAGGACCACCGGUCUGUCGUUGAGCUUGGAGCGAGGGUGCGACGGCCCACGCCAGGCGCCUCCUUCCUGGGCUCUGAGUCGCCCUUAGACCCUCUAUUACUUCAGAGCAUCCCGCCGUUCAAGCAACAGAGCUCCACGACUUCCAGCAAGGGGCUGGAGAAGGAGGGUGGGAACGGGAACUACACCUAUCUGAAUGAGGACUAUAUAGGCGACUGGAACGACAACCAUGUAACACGAGCCAGCCCAGGAAGUGAUGCAGGCGAGACUAAAGGAUCAGGGUUGAAUGGGAACAUGGGGGGACCUCCUCCAAAAUUGAUCCCUGUGUCUGGGAAACUGGAGAAGAACAUGGAGAAAACAGUGCUGCGGCCCACCGCCUUCAAACCCGUCAUUCCCAAGAGCCGCUCCUCCAUGCAGUACCUCUCCCCUCGCCACUGUGCCAACAUAUCAGAAAGCCAAAAUAACCUGAACCUGCUGAGCCCCACCCACAUCGAAGUUUCGCCCUCCUCCUCUGAGAAAACCAGCUUGUACAGCCGGGCCCGCAUCAGCUGCCAGCUGACCGACUCCGGGCGCAACUCCCUCUGCAGCCUCCCACCUUACGGCAGCGGCGGCGGCUACAGUCUGGCAUCAGGAGAGGCCUCCGCUGGCCACCUGGAGCCCAUGAAGAGCGCUCCGCCGGUCAGCGGACACGGACACUCCAACUCGGACAGCGGGCGCUCGUCCUCCAGUAAGAGCACAGGCUCCGGCUCCAUAAGUGGCCGAGGUCAGCCUCUGUCGGACAGCGGGUCCAGCGGGCGCUCCCCUGGCCCGGUGGAGGGAUACGAGGGAGUGGUGAGGGAGCUGGAGGACAAGCUGAGGGAGAGAGAGCUGGAGCUGCAGCAGCUCAGAGACAACCUGGAUGAGAACGAGGCUGCAAUUUGUCAGGUUUAUGAGGAGAAGCAGAAGCGCUUCGAGCUGGAGCUGGAGGAGCUGAGGCAGGGCUGUGCCACCAGGAUGCAGACGGCCUCGCAGAAGGCCCAGCGUGCACAGCAGGUGCUCCAGUUGCAGGUUUAUCAGCUCCAGCAGGAGAAGAAGAAGCUGCAGGAGGACUUUACUCAGCUUCUGAAGGAGCGGGAGCAGCUGGAGGAGCGCUGCACCUCCUUUGAGCACGAGAAGAUCCAGCUGGGGCCUCGACUGGAGGAGAGCAAGUGGGAGGUCUGUCAGAAGUCGGGGGAAAUCUCGUUGCUGAAGCAGCAGCUGAAGGAGGUGCAGGGAGAGUUAUCCCAGCGCGUGGGAGAGAUCGUCUCACUGCGGGGUCAACACAGAGAGACUCGCGGUGAGCUGACCAACACCCAGGUCCAGCUCCAGGAGGCCCACGGCACGACCCGCACGCGAACCCUGGAGCUGGAGGUGUGCGAGAACGAGCUUCAGCGUCGCAAGAGCGAAGUGGAGCUGCUCAGAGAAAAAGUGGCACGCCUCGAGGGAGAGCUGUCUCACCUCAGAGACGCGUUGGCCAAUCAGGGCUCAGGAAACAGACAGUGCCAGGUGUUCCAGGAGGCAGAGGAGCACCUGCUCGCCUACGAGAGCGACGAGGCGAAGGCCCAGCGGAAGAGCGGCGCCGAGGCCCUGCAGAACAUGAAGGCGCAGAUGGACAGGAUGAGGGCCGAGUUGGCUUUUGAGCUCCAGCGGGCCGAGCAGCAGACGGGAGGCUUCGAGGAGGAGCGCCGGAUAUGGCAGGAGGAGAAGGACAAAGUUAUCCGCUACCAGAAGCAGCUGCAGCAGAACUACGUGCAGAUGUACCGCAGGAACCGAGAGCUGGAGCAGCUCCUGCAGGAGCUCAGUCAGGAACUGGAGAGCAGAGAGGAGGACGAGGGCAGCGGCAACGAGAUCAACUUUGAUGAGAUCGCCGCCACGGAAAUUUGACCCCCCGUGUCUCUCCAUCUUUUGAUUUGCACUACUGUCAGCUAAAUGUUGUUGUUUCCCCCCGCUACAUGUCACAGAUCUGAUCUCUAUUGUGCUGUUUAAGAUGACAAAUAAGCAGAUAUCACAAAUAAAAAGACAAACAUCUUUAGUGUAAAAUCAGCCACACUUCAGUUCUUUUCUCCAAGGAAGCUUGAAAGCCAGUGACUUAUCAGUCGUUAGUAGGCCAGCUCAGUCCUCUUCUGCCUCUCCGUUAAUGUCUCUGUAACUAACUAGACAUCUCUCCCAUUUCAUGCAUUUGUGGGAGAAUUUGUUAUGUAUGAGUAACUUCACUCAACCUUUCACUCUCCUCCUCCUGAGUUGGUCAUGACUCCAACUCGCCUGCUGGGUUUAACGCCACACUCCCACUCCGUGUUAGCAGUCAGCUCUCAUUAGCGCAGUUAAUUUAGACGGAGCCCACGCUUGUUGUCCGCUGUUCAGCGUGUCACGAUAAGAGCGAGUGAAUCAGAGCCGGGUGAUGAUGACGCUGGAUGCAAACUCAUCAUGACCAACAAGUAAACAGUAGAUGUUUCCAAAAUAUGUCUACUUCCUAAAUUUGUAGGGACAAAAACACUCAAAUUUUCCAAUCAUAUAGAGCACACAUUUCUUGUUUUUAUCAAACAAAGUUAAAGCCCUCCUUCAAUUGUUCUCACAUAUCUUGAACAAAUCAUGAAAACUACCGAGUGGCUAUGAUAUAGAGUAGUGAUUUCAGACUCAACCCUGAAACCACAGCGGUUAAAUGGAAUUGAAUCACACCUGUGUGGUGCUCCUACAGUGACAUGUUUAAUUGUUUUCUAUUGGGUCAAUCAAGGAAGCAACUGAAGCUUCUUAAAUCACAUUAAUGCGAAACCUGUGAUUUCUGCCUCCCAAAGAACUCGCAACACCAAACUGCUGCCUUCAAUUCUUGUCUUUUGUUGCGUUCGCUUGCUCCUCGGUAGGUCUCUGUUUGGAAGUCGCUCUUCAUGAACUUUUAAGUCUUAAUGUGGAAACACAGAUGCUCAAAGAUGUGUUGUGUUACUCAGAGCGUAUAAACAACACGCGAUAGCUGUUUCCUUUCCCUAAAACCACUAAAAUAAUGCUUUACUGCCUCGUUGUCGGGGUUAAUGCUAAUAAAUAACUUUUCUAACGCAUCUACUAUGUGGACGGAAACUAACAGUUGCAACCUAAUAACAUGUAACGAAUUACAUGUGAGCAAAAAAUGUAUAUAAUGUAUGUGAAUUGAUUAAAAAGUUUCUUACUUUCCAUCAUGUUUUGUUCACAUGAAUUUUACCUGUCGGGAAGUCAUUUUUCUAAUAAUUCCAGCAACACACGAAUGCAGCAUUUGUUACGUUAGACAAACUAUAAUGCUAUAAUAACUAGACCUUUGUGAUAAACAGUGUUGAGAGUCCUCGGAAGGUAAGAAUCACAUUGAUAUUAUAAUGUAUAAGGUAUAAAACCAAAUUAAUAUUGACUCAUAGUACAGAGUAUACCCUUAUAUCGCCCAUUCCUACUGUUUUAAAUUAGUUCUACUAGUCAUAGUAACUUACAUAAAACCAAAAGUAUAACACCUGAUCAUCAGUGUGGGAAUUCAGUGUAUUUUUCCAGUAAAACGGAAAUGUUUUACACUUAAGAAAACUGCUUAUAAGAGGUUGAUUACUGUGUGUGUGUGACAGGAAACACACACUUGUGUUUUCCCACCAACCUUCACAGCAUAAGCUCCGUUUCAUGUUUAUUUACUUCCCCGUACGACAGAACCGAGAGAAAACUGACUUUUUGUUCCUCCAUCACUGCCGAUUGAACCGUCGUCCUCCGUAAAUAACUGACCAAUCGCAACGGUUUCUUCCUGGAGGUGUCGGUCCAUCUCAAAACAAAUACAAGCAGAGCCACUGUGAAUAGACCAAAGCAAUGUCGCACAUUAUAUGUUGCUCCUACAGAUACCUGUGUAUUAAUGUUUGUGUGGAUGUUUGUUCUGGUUCCUCAGUAUCAUUUUAUAAUCCACAAUAUUUGUAUGAAGACAUUAAAUGUAUAUUUUCAUGCUGUAUAUCUGUUGAACAAACCUACAAUGCUUUUAAUUAAAAAAAAGACAUUUCAAA